GACCAUCUAAAAAGCCUAAAACCCUACGAAGCUAAACCCACCUCACUCGUCUGCUUCCUCAAUAUUCUCAGUACCUCUGUAACUCCAACUUCCGGCCAUGUAUCGAAUAGCUUCCAAAUUAGUUUCGUCCGUCGCUUCUUCCACUACCAAGAAACUGAUAGGUAGUAGGAUUAUCUGCAACAGGAAUUAUGCGGCGAAAGAUAUCAGCUUUGGGGUUGGGGCACGUGCCUCUUUGUUGCAAGGUGUCUCUGAGGUUGCAGAGGCUGUCAAAGUUACCAUGGGACCUAAGGGCCGAUUUGUGAUUAUUGAGAAAAGUGGCAAGAAUCCGCAGGUCACAAAGGACGGUGUUACUGUUGCAAAGAGCAUUAGUUUUGAGGAUAAGAGAAAAGAUUUGGGUGCAAAUCUUGUGAAACAGGUGGCAAGAGCAACUAAUACUGCUGCAGGAGAUGGUACAACGUGUGCAACUGUCCUGACCCAAGCAAUACUUAUAGAAGGUUGCAAGUCCAUAGCUGCUGGGGUAAAUGCAAUGGAUUUGCGCAGCGGUAUCAAUAUGGCAGUUGAUGCUAUUGUUACUGAUCUGAAAAGCAAAGCAUUGAUGAUAAGCACACCUGAAGAGAUUACACAGGUUGCCACUAUUUCUGCCAAUGGUGAACGAGAGAUUGGAGAGUUGAUAGCCAAAGCAAUGGAGAAAGUUGGGAAGGAAGGAGUUAUUACAGUUGCUGAUGGGAAUACAUUGGAUAAUGAAUUGGAAGUGGUGGAAGGAAUGAAGCUUGGCAGAGGGUAUAUUUCUCCCUAUUUUAUCACUAACCAAAAGACUCAAAAAUGUGAAUUGGAAUACCCUCUAAUCCUCAUUCAUGAAAAGAGAAUUUCAGACAUGACUUCACUCGUGAAAAUACUAGAGCUGGCCAUAAAUAAAAAUAGACCGCUUCUUAUUGUAGCUGAGGAUGUUGAAAGCGAUCCACUUUCCAUGCUUAUACUCAACAAGCAUCAUGCUGGGGUAAAGGUUUGUGCCAUCAAAGCUCCUGGUUUUGGGGAAAACAGGAAAGCCAAUUUAGAAGAUCUUGCUGUUCUCACUGGUGGAGAGGUUAUCAGUGAAGAUCGUGGUUUAACCCUCGAGAAAGUCCAACUUGAAACACUCGGUACUGCAAAAAAGGUGACUGUAUCUGUCGAUGACACAAUCAUUCUAAAUGGAGGUGGGGAUAAGAAGCUGAUUGAAGAAAGAUGUGAGGAGUUGAGGAUGACAAUGGAGAAGAGUACUGCUGUGUUUGACAAGGAGAAAGCACAGGAGCGGCUGUCAAAAUUAUCUGGUGGAGUUGCCGUCUUCAAGGUUGGAGGGGCUAGUGAGGCAGAGGUAGGGGAGAGGAAAGAUCGGGUAACAGAUGCUUUAAAUGCUACUAGAGCAGCGGUUGAAGAGGGUAUUUUGCCAGGUGGUGGUGUUGCUCUCCUAUAUGCAACAAAAGCAUUGAAGAACAUUCAAACGCAAAAUGAAGAUCAAAGAAGAGGAGUAGAAAUUAUCCAGAAUGCUCUCAAGGCGCCUACAUUCACUAUAGUUCGAAAUGCUGGUUUUGAUGGUGCAUUGGUUGUUGGUAAAUUGCUGGAACAAGAUGAUUACAGAAUGGGUUAUGAUGCAGCCAACGGUGAAUAUGUUGACAUGGUCAAGGCUGGAAUCAUUGAUCCUCUGAAAGUUGUUAGAACUUCCUUGGUGGACGCAGCCAGUGUGUCGUUACUAUUGACAACAACUGAGGCAUCUAUAGUGGACAGUCCAACAGAGAAAAAACCUCCUAGCCGGAUGCCAAAUAUGGAAGAUUUUGGGGGCUAUUAACUUGCAAGUGACUAAGUCAGGCCUUAGUGCCAAAACGGCAUAUUAUGUAACAAUCCGUUAUUUGUGCGGGUUUGGCCAAAAAGGUCAAAGUUAUGCCCACAAGUGCAAAUUGGUGAAGUUGAGUGAUGGGGGAGUAGAACUGAAUAUUUAGGGAACUACAUUUGUAAAAUUGACAAUUGAAAUAAGCAGCAACUCGGUGAUAUCAUUUGGCACC